GUGUUGCAUCAGUUUCCGACUUUUCCAACAUGAGCUAGACAUGGUCCUCGUUGUCUGAUGCAAACCACCCCCUUCGCCAACUGAUCCGCCAUCUGCGUCAUGGUCAAGGAUCAAUUUCGAGACCGCGAUGCGGUCCGAAAAAUCACGCACAUCUGCUUUGGUAUGCAAAGUGCCCAAGAGAUGGAACAAUGUGCCCAGUUGCAAGUGGUGGCCAAGAAUCUCUAUAACCAGGAUGCUUCUCGCUCGUCAGUGCCUUGGGGCGUAUUGGAUCAUCGCAUGGGCACCAGUCAGAAAGACGCCAAUUGCACCACUUGUGGUCUAGGAUUGUCGGAUUGUAUCGGACACUUUGGCUACAUCAACUUGGAGUUGCCGGUAUUCCACGUGGGCUAUUUCCGUUCCACCAUUCAAGUGCUUCAAUGCACGUGCAAAUCCUGUUCCCGGAUCCUUUUGAAGCCCGAAGUGGCCAUGGCCUAUCGGGAACGCCUCAAGCACCGGGAAAUGGCCUAUUUGAGCAAGAAAGCCAUGCGGAAGAAGAUUAUCGAGCAAUGCAAGAAGAUCUCGGUGUGUCCGUACUGUUCCAGCACCAAUGGCGUGGUCAAGAAAUGCGGACUCCUCAAGAUUUCCCACGAAAAGUAUCGCAACUGCAAGAAGAAUAGUGAGGUCUUGACCAACAAAUUGGCCGAAUUUGAUUACGUGACGGAAAAUAAUAAGGAAUUGGAGCCCUUGGUGACCAGUGGUCUGAUCCAUGUGUUGAGCCCCCUCGAGGUCCUGGAUCUGUUCAAGCGUAUCCCCAAGCAAGACAUCCCCUUACUUCUCAUGGACUCUGAGUCAGCCCGACCCGAGGACAUGAUUCUAACCCGGAUCUCGGUCCCACCACUUUGCAUUCGACCGUCGGUGGUCUCGGAUCUGAAGUCUGGCACCAACGAAGAUGAUGUGACCAUGAAGCUCACCGAGAUUGUGUUCUUGAACGAUGUGAUCAUGAAGCAUCGGCAAAGUGGGGCCACCACCAAGAUGAUCCAAGACGAUUGGGACUUUCUCCAAUUGCAAUGUGCCUUGCAUUUCAAUUCGCAAUUGUCGGGUAUUCCCGCGGACAAAGCGCCCAAGAAGUUUACCCGCGGGUUCAUCCAACGGCUGAAAGGUAAACAGGGCCGAUUCCGCGGGAAUCUCUCCGGGAAACGAGUGGAUUUCUCUUCCCGAACUGUGAUCUCACCCGAUCCGAAUCUGCGGAUUGAGCAAGUGGGUGUGCCCAUUCACGUGGCCAAGAUUCUCACCUACCCGCAGAAGGUGCAUGCCGCCAAUAUCGAGCUCAUGCGGGAGUUGAUCAUGAACGGUGCGGAUGUUCAUCCCGGAGCCAAUUUUGUGGAGACCACCUUCAACGGGAUGAAGACCAAGAAGUUCCUGAAAUACGGCAACCGCAAGAAAAUCGCCCAAGACCUCAAAUACGGAGACAUGGUGGAACGUCACAUGAUGGAUGAGGAUCUCGUUCUGUUCAACCGACAGCCCUCGCUUCAUCGCAUCAGUAUCAUGUGUCAUCGCGCGAAGAUCCUCGAGAACCGCACCUUCCGCUUCAACGAAUGCGUCUGCACGCCCUACAACGCUGAUUUUGACGGAGACGAAAUGAACUUGCAUCUCCCUCAAACCGAAGAAGCUCGAGCCGAGGCCCUCAUCCUCAUGGGGAACAAGUCCAACUUGGUCACGCCUCGUAACGGCGAGCUGCUCAUCGCGGCCAAUCAAGAUUUUAUCACGGGCGGGUAUUUGCUCACCCAAAAAGAUGUGUUCUUCGACCACGGAAAAGUGUGCCAGAUUGUGGCGCAAAUCUUGGCUGGCAACGAGAAGCAAAUGCGGAUCGAUCUGCCUCCUCCCGCCAUUUUCAAGCCCAAGCGGCUUUGGACGGGGAAACAGAUAUUUGGGAUGCUCUUGAAACCAAAUAAACGUUGUCCGAUCAAGGCCAAUUUGGUGACCAAGGGCAAGUCCUACACCUCCAACGAGGAGUUCUGUGUCAACGACUCCUGGGUGAUCAUCCGGAAUUCAGAGUUGUUGGCAGGCUCGAUGGAUAAGUCCACAUUGGGGUCGGGUUCUAAGAUGAACAUUUUUUACAUUCUUCUGAGGGAUUGGGGUCAGGAUCAGUCGUGUGUUGCUAUGUGGAGGUUGUCUCGUGUGGCCUCUUGGUACUUGAUGCACCGUGGGUUCUCCAUUGGGAUCGGGGAUGUGACUCCGAGCCCCCACUUGCUCAAAAAGAAGCAAGAUCUCGUGGACUUUGGCUACAACAAGUGUGACGACUACAUCGCUCAACUGGCUGAAGGUGCCCUACCCUCUCAAGCUGGUCAGAGUCAGGAAGAGACGCUUGAAGCCCUGAUUCUAAAGGAGCUCUCUGCCAUCAGAGAGAAAGCGGGAAAGGCCUCACUCACGGCCUUACAUAAGUCCAAUGCUCCACUCACCAUGGCCUUGUGUGGCUCCAAAGGCUCAUUUAUCAAUAUCUCGCAAAUGAUUGCCUGCGUCGGUCAGCAGGCUAUUAGCGGGAAACGCGUGCCCAACGGGUUCGAAGAUCGUGCUUUGCCCCAUUUCGAUCGACACUCGAAGAUCCCCGCCGCCAAGGGCUUCGUUGAGAACAGCUUCUACUCCGGCCUCACCCCCACCGAGUUCUUUUUCCAUACCAUGGGAGGUCGGGAGGGUCUCGUGGACACGGCCGUCAAGACUGCGGAAACGGGUUACAUGCAGCGGAGAUUGGUCAAAUCCCUGGAGGAUUUGGUUCAACACUACGAUGAUACUGUGCGGAACAGUAGCAAUGAAGUGAUCCAGUUUGAAUACGGCGGCGAUGGCUUGGAUCCCAUGAUGAUGGAAGGGAAAGACAAGCCUGUGGACUUCAACCGGGUUCUCGAACACAUCAAGGCCGUGUCACCUUGUUUCUCUGAAGAGCCCGUGGAUGCCACGACCAUCUUGUCCUCCAUGGAGGAACUUUUGGCCGAUAUGGUUGGACCUAGUGCGGAAUUCAAGCAAGAGCUCAAGGACUUCAUGGUGGGUUUCGCCAAGAGGGUGGACAAGAUCCACAAGUCCCAAAAGAUCGACGUGAACAACCCUGCCAAGCUCCUUCCCGUCCAGAAGUACCUGGGUCGGUUGACCCUCACACAGAUCGUGGAAUUCGCCGAGAAAUGCAAGGAGAAGUUCAUGAAGGCUGUCAUGGAGCCUGGCACGGCUGUUGGCGCUCUUUGUGCUCAGAGCAUUGGUGAACCCGGUACUCAGAUGACGCUCAAGACGUUUCAUUUCGCUGGUGUGGCAUCCAUGAAUAUCACAUUGGGAGUGCCUCGAAUCAAGGAGAUCAUCAACGCCUCCAAGAAGAUCAGCACACCGAUCAUCACCGUCCACUUGGAUAACGAGACGGACCCGGAAUUCGCUCGAAUCGUCAAGGGUCGGAUCGAGAAGACCACGUUGGGUGAAGUAUCUGAGUACAUCGAGGAAGUCUUCUUACCCGACGACUGUUUCCUUCUCAUCAAACUAGACAUUGAGCGGAUUCGUCUCCUGAAACUGGAGGUCAACGCAGAGACCAUUCGUUACUCACUGUGCACCUCCAAGCUCAAAGUCAAACCCACUAACUGUGCUGUGAUAGGCGAGUCCAUGCUCACCGUGAAUCCCGGGAAGAGCACCAAGACCACCAUGUACUACCAACUUCAGUUCUUGAAGGAGAAAAUCGGAGCGGUUUGCAUCAAGGGUCUGCCCAGUGUGAGUCGGGCCGUGAUCCACAUGGACGAUGCCGAGGGCAAGGUUAAAUAUAAGCUCUUUGUGGAAGGCGAUAACCUCAGGGAAGUCCUGGCCACGCCGGGAGUGAGAGCCCCCAAGACCACUUCAAAUAACACUUACGAGGUGUCCGCCACCUUGGGGAUCGAGGCGGCGAGAAAGACCAUCAUGAAAGAGAUCCAAUACACUAUGGAGAGUCAUGGAAUGAGCAUUGACCGACGACACAUUACCCUCUUGGCCGAUUUAAUGACUUGUCGAGGGGAGGUUCUUGGAAUCACUCGACACGGUUUGGCCAAGAUGAAGGAGUCGGUGUUGAUGUUGGCCUCGUUUGAAAAGACUUCGGAUCACUUGUUUGAUGCCGCUUACCACGGACAGAAAGAUGUGAUCAGUGGUGUGAGUGAGUGCAUUAUCAUGGGCAUACCCAUGUCCGUGGGCACUGGUCUGAUGAAAUUACUCUACAAGCCAAAGCCGUAUCAACUCCCUCCAAGGAGAAGCCUUUUGUUCCCAGCCAAUGGAGAUUUUCAUCGUCCCGGGUUCUGACCAAAAAAAAAAGAAAUGUUAAUAAAGCAUAUUUAUCGCCGAUGA